CUCCUUUGCUGCUGUUAUAGAAGAGCACCAGGCUGGCGAAGACAAGAAACAACUGGACUGCCUGCGAUUCUCGCCAGAUGGCGCUCUCCUAGCGGUAGUGUCUCAUCAUGACAACCACAUCUAUCUUUACAACGUGGAGAACCAUGGGAAAAGUUAGAAGACAACGAGGUUGAGCGGGCACUCCAGUUUUUUGACGCACCUGGACUUCUCCACUGACGGCCGCUACAUGCAGAGCACAUCCGGGGACUACGAGCUGUUGUACUGGGAUGUCGACGCCAGGUGCUAGCUGCAGUUCAAGUCGGUCAUGCGUGACGUCACGUGGGACACCCAGACGUGUGUGUUCGGGUUCCACGUGUUCGGCAUGUGGCAGCAGGGUGCAGACGGACAUGACACCCUGCCCUGCGACGCCGUAGGUUCCCGGGCACUGCUGGCCUCGGCUGACACGCACGGCAAGGUCAACCUGUUCCGCUUCCCGUGUAGCACGUUUCAGGCCCCAGGACACGUAUAUCCGGGACAUGGCAGUCACGUGACCUCGGUGUCAUUCCUACAAGGCGAUGAUUGGCUGAUCUCUACCGGCGGGAUGGACUGCAGCGUCAUCCAAUGGCAAGUUGUUCGACCCGGACCAAAACACUCCACAAAAAGGACUCACAAAGACUACAACAAACCUCCAACCAAAUCCAUUAACUCUUCCACAUGUAUGUUGUCAGUUAUAGAAGAGUUUUUACCGGAGGACUCUGAUAGACAUGGGGGGAGCGCGGCUAUGACGGCGACACAGACGAGCAGACCGGGAUCACUGGACAAAGCCAGCCGGAACCCGUCACCCCAACCCCCGCCGUACAGGAGGAGAACAAACUCAUACAGCAACUUGUAGAUAAUGGGCGCAUAUUUUAGCUGUUAUUAAGACGUGGAAAUUAUCUAUCAAACCAAAAUUACACAGAAACUUGUAAAUAGCUUGUUCUUGAACAACUAAAGAUUGCAUAUUCUAGCUGUUAUCCAAAUACACAUGUAUGUAGAAAUUGUUCUCAACCGAACGAAAUUAUACAACCUUUAUGAUGAAAAAACUGACAUUUGGAAAAUACCGAAUGUCGUUAACUACAUAUUGGGAAAAGUAAAUGGAAGUGAUGAAGUCAGAUCACACUUGUUCAAAGUGCACCAACAGUGUCAAAAUAGGGACCCCAAGCAAAGGCCGAGUGCCAAGUUAGUUGUGGGGGAGUACAAAAGGGCUGGGAAUUUACUUUUUCCUUAACCCUAUCCAGGCUGGGCUUUUUUGGCAUUCCCUGGCCUGGGCCCUUCGUAAUUUCAA